GGGAACGAAAGAAAGAGAGCUAAGGAAAAUAUGUGCCGGAUAGGAGUAACCCACAGCAAAAGCAAGGCGCUGGAUUUUCUCUCUCAGCUUCGACCGUCGCCGACCGAGUCUGACACGAACGGCCUUUUCUGAAGAACUUCUUUGGGACCUGAAGGACGAACGCAAUGAUCUCGCCUAAAGGCCAGUCCUGGUUGAGAUUCCAGAUUGGUUAGAUUGUGAACGUGAUUGUCCUGCUAAUGCUAUUGUGGAGGGACGUGCUCAAACGGAAUUUCCUCCCACGGUGUAAUUCUAGCACUGACUGGUUGAGAUCACAAGCAAAAUGUCAAUGGUGGUCCAACCAUUUGCAGAUAUUGCCAAAAAAAUCUGGGAAUGUCUGGUUCAUUACUUUUGACGGCGUUGCUCAGUGUAGUGCCCUGCAAACAGGAUGUGCAGCUGUUAUCUAGAAUAAGUUCAUCGUUUUCGUUUGAAUGACACUUGGCCAGAACACGCCUUCAUUUCGCUAGCAGGCUGCUUCCAAGCCAAGCUCUACGUAAGUGAUUUCUGGGGAACCCGAUUUCUGUUCCUGACACUGCAUUUCCCGUGAACUGCCAAACUCACCUUGAAAGCGCUAGCCAUCGAAUAUUCAGUUAGCGUCGUCGUUGGCUUCCCCAUCAUUGGUGCCACGCUUUGGAGAACCCAAGAGACGUUGGCUGAUUCCAUCUGAAGCAGUUCAAGCACAAAAAAAUGCCAUCAAUGGCAUUUUGAAACGGGAAACCGCCCGCUCGAUCCCUCUUUUGGUCUUUUGGUAUUUCCGAGGGGAAAUCAAUACAUCGUGGGAGAAGUUCCAAUCGCCCGCCUCAUCUCUCCAAUCCAAUUGCUUGACUUACCUUCUGACCGUGUGUUGCCAGCUUUUCGACAGGUUCGACAAUUGGGUCGAACUGCAACGCUCAGGAUGUGGAUCCUUCUCUGGUGAUUUUAUUUCAACCUUCUCUCCUCGCCCUUCAUGUCACCCUUCAGCCACAGUAACCGUCGAUCCAUAUCGAGCUCUGAUGACUCCAAGAGUAGUAGCGCAGUCCUAGAAACCUUCGAAACUGGUAGUCCGUUCCAAGCCAAGCGUGAAACAGUUCCAUCCAAAAUGGACCACAGCAUAACCACCUCCUCCCAUCACCCUCCAAAUCUAAGUGAGAGCCAUAUGGCUGCCGCUCUUAGCCAUUAUGAUCACCCAAAUGAUCUGAUUCAAGCUACCAUGGUCGAUAACAACCUAGCUCGAGUGCAAUUAGCAGAAGCAGAAAAUUUUGAUGCAGAGAGUGAGGACGAUGAAGGUGAAGAAGACGAUGAGGAUGAAAAGGAGGAACCGGGGAACGUUAAUGAGGAAGCCGUGGAAAGAGACUCAAGUCGUCAGGCGAACAACGGGGAGGCCAUGAAAGCUGCCAUUGUAUUAGGGAGUGUGCCUGGUCCCUCUUCCAAUGAUAGAACAACUCCUAAUGUGAUUGGUCCCCUUGAGAGCAUUGAAGCAGGCGUAGAAUAUGGCUUCGUCCUCGAUGACGAGGAAAUCGAAGAGGAGGCCAGAUUUCUCGUGGUAUGCAUUGAUGGUGACGUGGAGGACCUGGUUCUUCUCUUAGAGGACAUGGCCAGAGCCGGUGAAACGCUCACUAAAGAGAUGCUCAACUAUCCAGAUAACUCUGGCAGGACUCCAGUGUCUCAUCUCUGUGGAAAUGGAAUGAUUGAGAUGCUUGAGCUUCUCGAGGAUAUCCCAAAUAUUGAAUACAACACUCCUGACUCAGAGGGCAAUACGCCCCUGCAUUUUGCCGCCCAAGCUGGUCACGUUGAAGUGGUUUCGUUCCUCCUGAACAAAGUCCGCACCAUUCAAGUGGAUCCCGUCAAUAAUUUGGGCUUCUCACCGUUGAUGAAAGCUUCCAUCCAGGACGAAUCAAGUGUCUCAAAACUGUUGCUAUUUCUCUGUAAGUUGCCCUUCUAA